GUGCGGCGAAGUGUGUUCAUUCAAAAGUCUCAAUUGUAAAGUUUACCUCAAACUUUCACCAAUAAUAUUAUUUUCCUGCGAAACUGGACAUUUAAAUUCUUAAAAAACAAAAAUACUUUUAAACAGUAUUUUAGUGGUAUUAAAAUACAUUUAUACUAAAUCAAAAGUUAAACAUGGAUAUUGGUGAACUGCUGUCUUAUAAACCUCCAAGCACUCCAAAACGUUCAGCUGAUGAUGAGGAAGAGGAUGAAGAUGUGUGGGAUGCUAAAAGAGCAAAGAAAGUUAAUAGAACUCCAUAUCACCCACGUAUGAGGAGACCAGAUUUAACUCCAAACAGAACUCCUAUUCGUACUCCUUUAAGAAAUACCAAUGAACCACCAACUCCACGCAGAGCAGCACUGCCAGCUCCAGAAAAUGAUUUUAUAGAGCCACAAUUAACUGAAGAAGAAAAAGAAGAUAUUGUAAAAUACGUUGAAACUGAAGCUGCUGAAGUUGAACCAUUAGAUGAAACAUCUUUGAAGCGAAUGAUUCUUUUAUUUGAAAAAAGAGCUUUACGAAAUCAAGAAAUGAGGGUGAAGUUUCCUGAUCAGCCAGACAAAUUUAUGGAGUCUGAGGUUGAACUUCAUGAUGUAUUACAAGAAAUGCACGCUAUUGCUACAAAUCCAGAGUUGUAUCCACAGAUGGUUGAUUUAGGAGUAGUUCCAUCUUUAAUAGAAUUACUGUCUCAUGAAAAUACUGAUAUAGCUGUUGGUGUUGUUGACUUAUUACAAGAGCUGGUUGAUUCAGAUAUUUAUAAUGAAGCACCAGAGGAAGCUGAUGCUCUAAUUGAUGCAUUGCUGUAUCAACAAUUAUUUGCUUUGCUUGUACAAAAUUUAGAAAGACUUGAUGAGUCUGUAAGCGAAGAGAGUGAUGGAGUUUUUAAUACAUUAGCCAUAUUUGAAAGCUUGCUAGAAAUUAGACCAGAGUUAUGUAUAGAAGCUGGGAAACAAGGUGCUAUUCAAUGGCUUCUGAAGAGAAUAAAAGUGAAAGGUCCAUUUGAUACAAAUAAAUUAUACUCUAGUGAAAUAUUGUCAAUUCUUUUACAAAAUACCAAAGAAAAUAGACUUCUCUUGGGAGAUUUGGAUGGAAUUGAUGUACUUCUACAACAGUUAGCUUACUACAAAAGACAUGACCCGCAAAGUGCAGAAGAACAGGAGUUGAUGGAAAAUUUAUUUGACAUUUUGUGCUCUAGUUUAAUGGAAACUCUUAAUAGAGAACGAUUUCUCAAAGGGGAAGGAUUGCAACUCAUGAAUUUGAUGUUGCGUGAAAAAAAACUAUCUCGCAAUGGUUCAUUAAAAGUGCUUGAUUAUGCAAUGAAUGGACCAGAUGGCAAAGAUAAUUGCAAUAAAUUCGUUGAUAUUCUUGGGUUAAGAACAAUAUUUCCAUUGUUUAUGAAAACUCCAACAAAAAAUCGAAAAAAAGUUGUUACUGCUGAAGAACACGAAGAACAUGUGGUAUCUAUAAUCGCUAGUAUGUUAAGAAAUUGCAAAGGUACACAAAGACAGAGACUGUUGAGUAAAUUUACCGAAAAUGAUUACGAAAAAAUUGACAGAUUAAUGGAACUGCACUUUAAAUACCUCGAAAAAGUAGAAGAAGUUGAGCAGAAUUCAAAAGAAGACGAUGAUGAAACAGAAACGUUAAUGAAAAGACUAAAUGGUGGUUUAUUUACUCUGCAAUUAGUAGAUUAUAUAUUGCUAGAAGCAUGCAUCGGUUGCACACAAACUGUCAAACAACGCGUGACCAAGAUUCUCACUCAAAGAAGGGCAUCUUUAAAAACAAUCAGAAAUAUUGUUCGAGAGUACGCAGGAAAUCUUGGAGAUGAUGGUGAUGUCGAGUGGAGAGAACAACAGCAACAACAUAUUCUCCAGUUGAUUGAUAAAUUUUAAAUUUGUACAUGGAUUUUUCUACCAAAUUUUUA